GCGGCGGCGGCUCAAUGGCGGCGGCCACAGCAACUGCAGCGGCGACGGCGGGGGGCUCCGGUCCUGCAGGGUCGGGAGCCAUGGCUGCGCCCCCGGCGGCGCUGGUGGGUCCCUGCGCGGCGGGGUCCUCCGGAGGGGGUCUCGGGCCGGUCCCGGUGCCCAUGAACCUCUUCGCCACUUGGGAGAUCGACCGCUCGGCGCCCAGCUGCGUCCCCAGGCUGUGCAGUCUCCGCCUGAAAAAACUGACGGUGCUGAGGGAACUGGACAAGGAGCUCAGCUCUGUGCUCAUCGCUGUGAAGAUUCAGGGUUCAAAGAGAGUCCUGAGAUCCAAUGAAUAUGUUCUACCCCCUGGAGGCUUGAUGGAAACUGACCUGGAACUGACGUUUUCAUUGCAGUACCCACACUUCCUGAAAAGAGAUGGCAACAAGCUUCAAAUCAUGCUGCAGCGGAGAAAGCGAUACAAGAACCGCACUAUUUUGGGCUACAAAACUCUGGCCGUGGGCAUUAUUAACAUGGCUGAGGUCAUGCAACACCCAACAGAUGGAGGGCAGCUGCUGGGCCUGCACAGCAACAUCAAGGAUGUGAGCAUUCGGGUGGCCGAAAUCAGCAUCUAUUCCCUCUCCAGCCAACCCAUUGACCAUGAAGAUGGAAACGUCCCCUCUGGUCCCAAAAUCAAAGCUUCUGACCGUUCUCCAGAUAUUGAUAACUAUUCAGAAGAAGAGGAUGACAGUUUUUCUUCUGAACAGGAAGCCAGUGAUGAUGCAGUACAAGGCCAGGAUUUAUACGAUGAAGAAGAUGAAGUGCGCAAGCCAAAGAAAGCCAGGCGGAAAAUGAUCAGAACCACGUCAAUGACUAGACAACCAAACUUCAAGCAGAAAUUUGUUGCUUUGCUGAAGAGGUUUAAGGUGACUGAUGAGGUUUUGGAUUCUGACCCAGUGGAUCAGACCCAGGAAGUAGAGGAAGAUUUGGGUCUACUUUAUGAUAGUCUUGAGGAAUGCAACAACAGUGACAGUGGUCCUGAGAUCGAGGAUAACGAAAGUGUUCACAGCACUCCUAAGCCCACCCUGAGGCGAUUUUUUGAGGGUGUCUCUCACUCUGGUUCCCAGACUGAGAUCAGUAGUCUGCACGGCCAAAAAGGGCAGGAGCGAGAGUCGGGCAGCCCUGGAGAAACAGAGAAACGGAAAGUGUGUGUCCCUCGUACCCAAGAUGAGACUGCCAUGGAAACUACAGCUAUGGAGUUGGAAGCCGAAGAGCCCUGCCCAGGAGGGCCAUCUGAGACAGUCCUGAAGGAGAGCAGUGUGGACAGGCUAGCCCAGCUGAGCAACAUAAACAAGCCUGAAUUCCCAGCUACAGUGUCUCCCAGCAAAGCUGAGAACAAGCAGCUGUGGCGACCUCGCAGCAUGUCUGUCAAGGACAGACAGAACUCCAAGAGCCACAGCGACCGAACUGGCAGCCUCGACAGUGAGAGCUCACCAGACUCCCGGCAGAACACACAGGUGCCUCGGAAGUCUGUGUACGACCAGCUCAACCAGAUCCUAGUCUCAGAUGAACAGCUACCAGAGAGCAUCAUCCUGGUAAACAUCACUGAGUGGCAAGGCCAGUAUCUGUGUGAUCAGCUUCUAGAACACAAGCAGCCCAUUGUCUCCACCUGCUCCAUGGCAGAUGUCCAGGCUGCCUUCAACACAAUUGUUGCCCGCAUCCAGAGAUACUGUAACUGCAAUUCCCACAUGCCUCCCCCAGUGAAAGUGGCCGUGGCAGGGGAUCAGAGCUACCUGAGCAUCGUCCUGCGCUUCUUUGUGGAGCAGCUGGCCAGCAAGACUCCAGACUGGCUCAACUACCUCCGUUUCCUCGUGGUUCCCUUGGGCUCUCACCCCCUGGCCAAGUACCUUGGUUCUGUGGAUAACAGGUACAGCACCCUGUUCCUUGAUGCAGCGUGGAGAGAGCUCUUUAGCAGACUUGAACCUCCGAGUUCAGAUACUGUAGAUGUCCCAGGCCGGAUUGCCCAGUACAUCUCAGGCGCCAACGUGUCCCAUCAGUUGCCCAUUUCUGAGGCCAUGUUAACUUACAAGCAGAAGAGUUCGGUUAUGUGGGGUACUUCAGGCCCUUCUGUUCUCUGCUUGCCCCUGCAGCCAACAGGGAUUGUCACACAGAAAAGAAGCCUCUAUUUUGAUUUUUAUAUCAGCCCGGAUGAAGAUUCCUGCCAGAAAUUUGUGCCGUUUGUUGGGGUGGUGAAGGUGGGCCUUGUGGAACAGUCCUUUAACACCUCAGUUGAUUCUGAUGAUGCUACCAUCUGCACCACCUCAUUGCUGAGCUCCUCUUCUCCAUCUGGUGGAGGAGUUCCUUAUACCAAGGAGGCAGUGGGCACCCCUCCACCUUCUCCAUCUGUUAGCAGUGGGCUCUCAGGGGCCGGAAAUUUGAGUCCUGGUGUGGAGGUAAUGGGUCUACAGGUAGACUACUGGACUGCUCAGGGACCAGAGAAGAAAAAAGAGGCUGAGAAGCGGGAAACAGGCAUUAAGAACACCUUGAAAAGCAAUUUCCGCUCCCUGCAGGUCAGCCGUGUCCCAGGCCCCGGGGAGCUGACUCCCCCCAGCACCAUGGCCAUGACAGUGGUCACCAAGGAAAAGAACAAGAAAGUGAUGUUCCUGAGUAAGAAACCAAAAGAGAAGGACUUGGAACCAAAAAGCCAAGUGAUUGAGGGGAUCACACGCCUGAUCUGCACAGCCAAGCAUCAAAACACUAUGCUACGUGUUUGCAUUGAUGGUGUGGAGUGGAAUGAUGUGAAGUUUUUCCAGCUGGCUGCGCAGUGGCCAACUCAUGUCAAGCAUUUCCCAAUCGGCAUCUUUGGCUAUACAAAAAGUGUGUGAUUUUUUUAAAAAAAACAGGCAGCUUCUGGAAGUAUCAGGGCUCUGCCAGACUGAAUGACAGAGGAGAGACUGCUGGGCUCCUUGGAUUUUGAAUGAAUGACUGACUGCCCAGCAGUGGAGCCCAAGUCUGGCCAGAGCCCUGCUUGUUCCAUUUUUUUCUUUGCAAGGAGCACAUUUGCUUUACAUCUCACCCAUGAUUUUGUUUAGUUUUAAUGUGAACGUGGGUCCUAGGAAAUGGAAGGAAGACACACACACGCAUACACAUGUGGCUUCUCAACCUGACCUCUUGUUACUAGAACACCAGGCCAGUUUUCUCUGUCCAAGCGGGGUCAAGAAUGAGAAACCGAGGGGAUUCACACUGCUGCUCCCUGCUUCCCCUGAAAGGUGUUUUCCUUGUGGCAAUUGGGACUUUGUUCCCUUCCACACCUUGCCUGGCUGGCUUGGGCAAGAAAGGGAAAGGCAAGUUCUCUUUUACAGACUGCUAUCUUGUAAUAUGUCUAAAAGAUGUGUGUUAACACCCUCCUCCUAGGGUUGCUCAUCCAGGCUCACCCAGUAGCAUUCUGGGCAAGCUGGACUUCUGCCCACAAGUGCCACUCUACAGUCCUCUCUUUAUCUCAGAAUUUACCCGAGGGCUACUGGGGUUUUAUUCUCUUUUAACAUGAAAAGCCUUCCCCUGUCUCUUCUAUCCAUCCCUUCCCUGUACUGUUUGGCUUCUCCUGCCUUUAGAAAUUGUUUAGGCCAGAGUAUAUAAAGACUCAGCAUGGUGUGAUGGUUUGAGCAUUGGACUAUAACUUUGGAGACCAGGGUUUGAAUUCCCACUUGGCCAUGGAAACCCACUGGGUGACCUUGGGUAAGUUACACCCUCUCAGCUUCAGAAGAAGGCAAAGGCAAACCUCCUCUGAACAAAUCUUGUCAGGAAAAAAAAUUAUAGGUUCACCUUAAGUUGGAAACAACUUGAAGGCACAGAACAAGAGUAUAUAAAAGAGAAAGGUAUAGCAAAGGCAACAAAGGUGGAUGCCACUUUUGUUUCUGCAGCAGACCCUGUUCUUUUGGAGCAGGGAGGUGUCUGUGAGGUAUUUUGUGUAGUUCAUACCCUGCUUCCAGAUAUUAUUGUGAAAGAUACUGGAGGGGUUUUUUCCUAAUCCAUAAGCUAUGAGCACAGGAUAGGGAGGUGGCAUACAAGUGGCCACUUCAGAAUAGCUUUUUGGUCCAGGAUCUGCUCCAAAUAGAGUUGAGUUGCUCAGCUGCAAUGAAGGGAAGCGUCAUAGAAAACCAGCACUGCAAGCCAGUGUUUUUAUGGAACUGAAGGCCCUUCCAGUGGAAUGGGAAAGAAAUGCUUUUGCUUUAAGCAAUGACGGGAGGAGGAGUGGGAAGAGAUUAGCUUUUAUGGCGGAUGCAAGAAAAGCAGAACAUUUUUUAAAAAGGUCUAUCAAGGAAUAGGGAUAAAUCUACUUCCCUACUUCAGUUUUGCCUAGGUCAAAUAAUGUGCAAAGGAGAGCCACCGCUCAUGCAGCUAUUAGAGGAGAUGGAGUCCCUUAUGGGGAAGGCAUGUUCUUAUGAUUAAACCAGCUUAUGAAUUAUUAUACACUCCGUUUGUAGUCAGUAUGAGUGAAACCACUCCAGCACCCUCCCCAAACCAGAAUGCUGUUGGAACAGGGCUGUGAGAAGUUCUCAGAUGUGCAGGUGAGCCCAAGUUCUACCUUCACUGGAUUGCAGUAAUAGGUUCCUUGGGCCAUGUCAGAUUCACAAGCAUGUGUGAGAUCCAAUGAUGAUCAGGUAGGAUGGGAGGGAGGUACACACAGGAAUAAUCUCUCUCCUGCUUUGUCUUUUAAGUACUUACUUUGAACAAGGGAACUAGAACCAGUGAUUGCAGCAAAGUAGAUGUCCUGUGCCAGCUACUAGAGCCUCCUUGCCCUCCCUAGCUGGAUUCACAAAUGUCCCCUUCCCAUCUCCUGACUCCUAAACCACACAGGCUUUACGGCCAGGGCCUUGAUCUACCUGGAGCUUGUGUUAUGAAAACUGCCAGGCCAACCUCCCCUGCCUUGAAAGUGUAUCCUACCGAACUCAAGAGACCUAAACUGUGGUGUUACGCCUGCAUGGUGGACACGGCUGCUUGUGGUUAGGAGAGCAGGGAUGGUGGGUUAACCCCAUUUUUUACAAGAUUCUAUUUUUGUUAAAACUUAAUGUAAGGUUGCUUUCUGGAUUAAUUUUAAUAAAUUAAUGCUGGUACCAUUGUGA